AUGUCGUCCUUCGAGUCUGUGGUCGUGAUCGAUGGCAAGGGCCAUCUGCUUGGUCGUCUUGCCAGCAUCGUCGCCAAGCAGCUCCUCAACGGCCAGCAGAUCGUUGUUGUCCGCUGCGAGGCUCUCAACAUCUCUGGCGAGUUCUUCCGCGCCAAGCUCAAGUACCAUGCCUACCUUCGCAAGAUGACCCGGUACAACCCUACCCGCGGUGGCCCCUUCCACUUCCGCGCUCCCUCCCGCAUCUUCUACAAGGCCGUCCGUGGCAUGAUUCCCCACAAGACCGCCCGCGGUGCCGCUGCCCUUGAGCGCCUCAAGGUCUUCGAGGGUGUUCCCCCUCCCUAUGACAAGAAGAAGAAGAUGGUCGUUCCCCAGGCCCUCCGUGUCCUCAGACUCCAGCCCGGCCGCAAGUACUGCACCGUUGGCCGUCUCAGCCACGAGGUCGGCUGGAAGUACCAGGACGUUGUUGCCAGACUCGAGGAGAGACGCAAGGCGAAGGGCGCUGCCUACUACGAGCGCAAGAAGCUCGCCGCCAGACAGCUUUCCGAGGCGAAGAAGACCGCCAAGGUCGACUCCAAGACGACGGAGGCCCUUGCUGCCUUCGGUUACUAG